UUACCUCCCGUGACUCGAGCCACGACGUUAUUCGGAUUCCAUACAAUAAAACAUACCUCAAUAUUUCUGUAUACAUAUACACGUAUACAUCAUCAUUCCGGAAUAUUCUGCGUUGUGUAACUCCUCUCUAGUAUCAGCCAGCUAAGCCCAGUAUCGAAACGGACUUGAAGCAAGUCGGUUCACACGUUUGGUGAAAGUAAAUUCUCAGGAAAUCAGGAACAAAUAAUCUCCAAAAUGCCGCGACGAGGACGUGCCGCGAGUCCACCACCUCGAAGAGUGACCAGCGCUCCCCCUGCAAGGGCUGCGCCUCCUGCGGCCCAGCCACCGAUGCAUGCGGCACCAUCAACACCGAUGGCUGCUCCGUCCCAGGGUCCAUCCUUGAUGGGACAAAUGGCUGCAACGGCUGGUGGAGUAGCAAUUGGAUCGGCAGUUGGGCACACGAUUGGACAUGCCAUGACCGGCAUGUUCAGUGGAGGAUCAAGCAAUGAUGUCCCAGUACAGCAGGCUGCACCACAGGCUGCUCCCAUCGGCAGCUCUCCCGUACAGCCCAGCGGACCUUGCGCUUGGGAAAUCAAGCAGUUUUUAGAGUGUGCGCAGGGCCAAUCGGACCUCACGCUUUGCGAGGGAUUCAACGAAGCUCUACGGCAGUGCAAAGUUUCUAACCACAUCUAAUAGCGAGGAAUAAGUGUGUUUGAAAAGUAGAAACAUCAAAACACACCAAGUACAUAAAAAUAUAUGCAACUGAUGGCUCAAGAUCACGAGAUCUACAUUAUUUAUGGCAUCAAUUGAGUGCAGAGUGCCGUCAAUGUCCUGAAAUGUACAAUGUGUAGAAUAUAAUUAAAUAAAUGAAACAAACACGA